AUUACUUCAACUUUGGGUGCAAACUCUUUCAAGUCAAUAUCUUUCUAGAGAAACAAACUCAAUUCUAUACGAAUUAAGAAGCUUGAUCUUCAAGUGAGAACUCACAUGGGGAUAGGAGAGAACUUGCCUCCUCCUCCAUUAAAGCACACGAAUUCCUCCAUUGUAGUCAGCUUUUUGGGCAGAGAGACAGAGAGAGAUCGAUGGCUUUUCCUCAGGAUGACCUCGAUUUGGUGCUUGUACCAAGUGGGUUGCUGCUCAUGUUCGCUUACAAUCUCUUCUUCCUGUACAGAUACCUUCGCUUCCCCAAAACGACGGUGAUGGGCGUCGAAAACGACGACAAAAGGGCUUGGGUUGAAGCAAUCUUGCAGGGAAAUGUGGACGAAAAAUCGGUCGGAGUGAGCGUCGUCACAUCAAACGUAUCGGCGGCAACCUUCUUCGCCUCAGUGUGCCUGACCCUCUGCUCUCUCCUCGGCGCGUGGAUCGCCAACUCGCCCUCCUCCUCAAACAUCUUCGACUCGGUCCUCCUCUUCAGCGACCCGAAGCCGUCCACGGCGGCGAUCAAGCACCUCUGCCUCAUCCUCUGUUUCCUGGUGUCCUUCGCUUGCUUCCUCCAGUCGGCACGGCACCACGUCCACGCGAGCUACCUGAUCACAACGCCCAUGACGCCAAGGUCCCUCAUCGACCCCGAGGACGUCAAGGUGGUGGUCAUACGAGGGGGCGAGUUCUGGUCGCUCGGGCACCGGUCGCUCUACUUCGCCCUGAGUUUGCUGCUCUGGUUUUUCGGCCCAGUCCCGAUGUUCGCUUCGUCGGUGGUCCUUGUGAUGAUUCUGCAUCACCACGACGCGUAUUCGAUUCCUAUCAAGAGACGUCCGCUUGGAAAGAAAACUCAGAUUGAGAAUAAAGUGUAAGAGCAGCAACGACAUGGCUGAAGUGAACAUCGAUGCAUGAAAUCAAUUUCAGAUUUACGUGACAAAUUUAAUUAGGUAUUUUUCUCGGAAAUUUGAUAAGGUAUUUUGAAUAAGCUGUUCUUAUAAACAUAUGUUGAAAAUUUAUCACUAUCAUUUUGUAAAUCACUGCUUAGUAGUAACUCUUUGC